AUGCCACUGCCUCACACUCCAAGACGCACGGGGGCGCUCUCACAGGACGGAGUUGGACUUGCACACGUCAUCCGUAAACAAACUGAAACUUGUGCAGUACGGUGGUACCAGCAGUCAGACCCUAACCCGUGGAGCGAACCGCAAACUGGUCCUUUCCCCGCGGAGAUGGACGAGCCCGCCGAGCUGCCGCCGGUGGAGCAGAACCACAGACCUCUGCGGAACCAGGACCUGGGCGAGCUCUCGGCCACAGUGCAAGAGGUCCUGUCCCUGUAUGGAUGGUACCUGCUGGCUGCUACAGCGCUGUUCUACCUGCUCAUUCAGUACAUUGUCAAAAAGAGCCAAUCAGAAGACGGGACCCGCAGUGCACCGCAGCUUUCUCACCAGGAUGCUCUGCUCGUGGCCAAACGACAAGAGGCUCUGGAGGCGGCUCGGAUGAGGAUGCAGGAGGAGCUGGAUGCUAAAGCGGCCAUCUUCAAAGAGAAGCAGAAGCAGCAGGAGGAAGAGAAGAGGAGGCAGAAGAUCGAGGUCUGGGAGAGCAUGAAGCAGGGAAAGAGCUGCAAAGGAAACGCAUCCCAGAGCACAGAGGAAGAUUUGUCUACAACAGUUGUUAAAAGGAAAACAGAUAAAAAACCUCUUCGCAGCCCAGACUACAACCCUCUAAGUGGAGACGGGGGUGGGGCUUGUGCCUGGAGGCCUGGCCGGAGAGGCCCUUCCGCAGGAGGGUGA